UCACCUACACAACAUAUUAUAGACAGUGGAAUGUCACUGUAUUCAUCAUCUGAUGAAAACAUUUUUACUUCAAUUAAUAGAUGCCAUUUAUUGAUUAAGUUUCUCCCAUCUAAAGAGGAUAAAAACUUGGCUGCGCUCCACUAUGUUACAAGAGCGAUUAGUGGGUUUAGCUGUUUUGUAUAUGCAUAGAGAUAUUAAAAUAG